AUGUUCCGAGAAGCCUUGUUUUCCACUCUUCUUUGUGUGGCUCUAGUUCCUCUCCAUGCUCAGUUUGAUGGGGAUCCUGGAGAUGUCAGUCCUACCUCCUGUGCAGAAAAGAGGAACUGCCCCAUCAAUGUGUACUUCAUCAUUGACACCUCGGAGAGUGUUGCUCUGCAGACUGUGCCUAUCCAGAGCCUCGUGGAUCAAAUAAAGCAGUUCAUCCCUAUAUUCAUUGAUAAACUGGAGAAUGAGCUCUACCAGAACCAAGUCUACAUCACUUGGCAGUUUGGUGGACUUCAUUACUCUGAUGUGGUGGAAAUUUACAGCCCUUUAACAAGCAGCAAAGACAUAUACCUCCCCAGGCUGUCCGCUAUUAACUACCUUGGCCGGGGCACCUUCACAGACUGCGCUAUCUCCAACAUGACAGAGCAGAUCCAGACCCAGAUGGCCACGGGUGUGAACUUUGCAGUAGUCAUCACUGAUGGCCAUGUCACUGGCAGCCCCUGCGGGGGGAUGAAGAUGCAGGCUGAGAGGGCACGAGACAUGGGGAUCAAGCUCUUCGCAGUGGCCCCCAGUGAGAACGUCUAUGAGCAGGGACUGCGGGAGAUUGCCAAUCUGCCGCAUGAGCUGUACCGCAACAACUACGCCAUCACACAGAAAGACACCCUGGACAUUGACGUGAACACCACCGAGAGGAUAAUCCAAGCUAUGAAACAUGAAGCCUACGGAGAGUGCUACAAGAUGAGCUGUCUGGAGAUUGCAGGUCCACCUGGUCCCAAGGGAUACCGAGGGCAGAAGGGUGCCAAGGGGAACAUGGGUGAACCAGGCUCCCCUGGGCUGAAGGGACGACAGGGUGACCCAGGUAUUGAAGGUCCGAUCGGGUACCCUGGUCCCAAGGGUGUCCCAGGGCUGAAAGGAGAGAAGGGUGAGAUCGGAUCCGAUGGACGGAGGGGCGCCGCUGGUUUGGCAGGCAGGAACGGCACCGAUGGACAGAAGGGCAAGCUGGGGAGAAUUGGACCACCAGGUUGCAAGGGAGACCGUGGUGACAAGGGCCCUGAUGGCUACCCAGGAGAUGCAGGAGACCAAGGUGAAAGAGGAGAUGAAGGCAUAAAGGGAGAUCCUGGCCGGCCUGGUCGCAGCGGACCCCUGGGACCUCCAGGAGAAAAAGGAAGCCCGGGACUUCCAGGCAACCCUGGAGCUCAAGGCCCCGCUGGAACUAAGGGAAGAAAAGGUGAAACGGGACCUCCUGGACCCAAAGGAGAGCCUGGUCGGCGUGGAGAUCCAGGGACGAAAGGCAGCAAAGGCACUCCUGGGACUAAAGGAGAAAGGGGAGAUCCUGGUCCAGAGGGUCCUCGUGGCCUGCCUGGUGAGGUUGGAAGCAAAGGAGCAAGGGGAGACCAAGGACUGCCAGGACCCCGAGGCCCUCCAGGUGCUGUGGGAGAGCCAGGCAAUAUCGGAUCACGUGGAGACCCUGGUGACUUGGGCCCAAGAGGUGACAUCGGACCACCAGGACUGAAGGGCGACAGAGGCAGACCUGGCUUUAGCUACCCUGGACCCAGAGGACCACAGGGUGACAAGGGUGAGAAGGGGCAGCCAGGACCCAAGGGAGGAAGAGGAGAGCUUGGACCAAAAGGAGUGCAAGGGACCAAAGGAGAGAAGGGGGAACCGGGUGAUCCUGGCCCAGGAGGUGAGCCCGGACCCCGCGGUCCAACUGGUGAAGCAGGCCCGGAGGGAACCCCGGGCCCACCAGGAGAUCCUGGCCUGACUGACUGCGAUGUGAUGACCUACGUGCGAGAGACGUGCGGAUGCUGUGACUGCGAGAAGCGCUGUGGUGCCCUGGACAUCAUGUUUGUCAUAGACAGCUCGGAGAGUAUUGGCUACACCAACUUCACCCUGGAGAAGAACUUUGUUGUCAACGUGGUCAGCAGGCUGGGCUCUAUUGCCAAGGACCCUAAGUCACAGACAGGUGCCCGUGUUGGGGUGGUGCAGUACAGUCACGACGGGACCUUCGAAGCCAUCAGUCUUGAUGAUGAGCGCAUUGAUUCACUGUCAAGCUUCAAGGAAGCAGUGAAGCGCCUGGAAUGGAUCGCUGGAGGCACCUGGACACCAUCUGCCCUUCAGUUUGCCUAUAACAAGCUCAUCAAGGAAAGCAGGCGAGAGAAAGCCCAAGUGUUUGCUGUGGUGAUCACAGAUGGGCGCUAUGACCCCCGGGAUGAUGACAAGAACCUAGGGGCUCUUUGCGGUAGAGAUGUGGUCGUCAACACUAUUGGCAUUGGAGACAUGUUUGAUCAGCCAGAACAGAGCGAGACCCUGGUCUCCAUCGCCUGCAAUGAACCCCAGCGAGUCCAGAAGAUGAGACUCUUCUCAGACCUGGUGGCAGAGGAAUUCAUUGACAAGAUGGAGGACGUACUCUGCCCAGAUCCACAGAUCAUCUGCCCUGAGCUGCCCUGUCAGACAGAGCUUGCAGUGGCCCAAUGCACACAGCGCCCUGUUGACGUCGUCUUCUUGCUCGAUGGCUCUGAAAGGAUUGGGGAGCAGAAUUUCCACAGGGCCCACCACUUUGUGGAGGAGGUGGCCCGACAGCUCACACUGGCCAGGAGCAACAGCGACAACAUGAAUGCCCGGAUUGCACUGCUGCAGUACGGCAGUGAGAGGGACCAGGAUGUGGUCUUCCCACUGACCUACAACCUGACAGAAAUCUCCAAUGCCCUGGCACAGAUCAAGUACCUGGACUCAUCCUCCAACAUUGGGUCAGCCAUCAUACACGCCAUCAACAACAUCGUGCUCAGCCCGGGAGAUGGGCAGCGACUCGCCCGGCGCAAUGCUGAGCUCUCCUUUGUCUUCAUUACUGACGGCAUCACAGGAAGCAAGAACCUCGAGGAGGCCAUCAACUCCAUGAAGAAGCAAGAUGUCAUGCCCACAGUAGUGGCUCUUGGGAGUGACAUAGACAUGGACGUCCUGCUGAAGCUUGGCCUCGGGGACCGAGCAGCCAUCUUCCGGGAGAAGGACUAUGACAGCCUCUCCCAGCCCAGCUUCUUCGACAGGUUCAUUAGGUGGAUAUGUUAA